AUGGAUUGUGAGAUAAUUUGUAAUGUAGAUGUUCCUUCAGCCUAUGUUGGCCUCAGAAUUCUCUUGGUUGAUCCUGAUAAAUCUUCUUUAUCAAAUAUAGCAGCAAUUCUUGAAGAACAUUCCUUUAAAGUAACUGCGAUCGAACAAGCAACUAUAGCUCUAUCCAUUCUCCGGGAACAUAUCGAUCAAUUCGACUUGGUCAUGGUGGAUGCCAACAUGCUUGAAAUGGACUACCUUGAAUUCAUCAAGUCCACUCAACUCAUCAAAGACAAACCUAUUAUUUUGAUGUCUCCAGAGGUGACGAUCGAAAUGAUAAAAGAAGCACCAACACAAGGGAUAUGCUACAUUUUUAAGAAGUCGCUCAUUUCAUCAUUGAAACUCAAGGAUGUAUGGAAGUAUGUGAAGUGGCACAAUAACAAGGCAAAUGAAAAUUCACAACACUACAAGGCUAAUCAAGUUUAUGUAAUGGACAACACAUCUUGUCCUGAGAAAAUGCAAAACAAAAAGGGAAAAAGCAUAACGAAUUGCUCUGAGACUUAUCAAGAUCAAGCGGUAGAUUCUUUAAUAGAAAAAGAUGAGGCAAAAAGGUUUAAGAGAAUGAGAAAUACGAUUGAGGAGGCACAAGUUAAACGUAGUGCUCCUUUAGAAAAAGAGGAGGAUUAUUCUUUGCUUUCGAAAAUAAGUACAAAAAGACCAGAAAAGAAAAGACGAAAUCUGAAAUGGACAACAGAGCUUGAGAAGAAAUUAGACGAGGUUGUUCGCAAGUUAGGAGACAAAGCUGGUCCUAAAAAUGUGCUGGAGAGGAUGUGUGUGCAGGAUUUGACUAAGGAAUGUCUCACCUACCGUCUAAAGAAAUACAGAUCCCAAAAACGACAAGCUCCGGAUGUUCAACCAGUUACUUCAACGAACUUCAACGAGGAACAUCAUUCCAAAGCGUUCAAUUCAAGUACAUUAUCUGUGAAUGUCAAUGAAUUAUUUCAAGGAGCAUACAUACCUCAACCACUAGAAGUUCCUUCGGUAGCUUUACCAAGUUCAAGCGAUUAUUCCUUGAACGAGUGCGAUGAUUGGAUUAAUGAAUUUCUAGAACUUGACGAUUUCAAGCUGAAAUUAAGCUAG